GACGACCAAAAGUUUUUGUCCCAUCGGGAAGAUUAUACUUGCCCCAAUGGUUAGGAUAUCUACGCAUCCUAUGCGGCUGCUUGCUUUGCAAAACGGCGCUGAUUAUGUCUUCUGCGAGGAACUUAUAGAUCAGCGCAUUAUGAGGUCAACUCGUAUCGUCAACAUCGUAAACAACACAACGGAUUUUUUGCUUCCCGACGGGUCAGUUGUGUUCAGGACAUCAAGUGAAGAAUCCGGGCGCAUCAUUGCCCAGUUGGUUUGGUGCCUGUUAGAACAAUUGGUAACUUUUUCCCCUAGGGAACCUCAGAUGCAAAAUUCGCUGUGGAAGCAGCUAAAAUGUUGUACGUACGCAGUACUUUGUAACUAAUCAUUACUUCCACUCCCCCCAGAGAAAACGAUGUUCUGGCCAUAGACAUAAAUAUGGGCUGCCCAAAGGAUUAUUCCAUCAAGGGUGGUAUGGGCGCUGCGCUGCUCACUGAACCGGAAAAAGUGAAGAAGAUCCUAUCCUGCCUCGUCAACUCGCUUAGCGUCCCUGUGACCUGCAAGAUUCGGAUCUUACCCAAGCUGCAAGAUACAUUGGCACUUGCCAAAAUCAUUGAAAACACGGGUGUCGCAGCCAUAACUGUGCACGCUCGUACCCCAGCGGAGCGGUCUGGAACUCGUAAUCACGACGAGGUCAUUCGUGCAAUUUCCGAAACGGUUUCAAUCCCAGUGAUUGCAAAUGGGGGCUCUCGUGAAACCAUCCGCAUUUUCGAAGAUAUCGAGUACUUUAGGCAGCAAACUGGCGCCUCUGGUGUGAUGGUUGCUCGUGCUGCCAUGUGGAAUCCAGCCAUUUUUCUGAAUCCAGCGUGCGGGCGACCCCUGCCCACUUUACACGAGACUGUACGGGAGUACCUCACUUUGGCUGUUCGGUACGAUCAUCACUUCACGGGAACGAAAUACUGCAUUCAGCAAAUGCUUCAUCGUGAAGGAGACUCGACAUUGUUCCUGCAAUCCGUUAGCUCAAGAAGUCUCGAGCAGUUGUGUUCUAUCUGGGGCCUGGAUGAGGUAUACAGGCAAGAAACAGCCCAUCGCCUGGAACGCUUGAGUCACAUGCACUCGAAGCGGUCUGCCGCUGAGUCUCAAGAUAUUACAUUGGCUCCCAAACGAACUUGUCCUUCCCCUACAGUCGCUGACGCUGAAGCCAUCGUUUCAGUGGAUGCUAUCAAACGAUGUGUUCUUUACGAACAUCGGUUUUGGGUCGACCAGCGGGAAUCACCGAAACAUUUACUGUUCGAAUAUAGCAAAAAGCAUCAACUCAAGCCACCCGAGUACCGCACGGUGAUUGACACCGUGCCUCACAUUCGGUCCAUCGUUAAACUGGAGCCGUUCUCCAGCACAGAUCCAUGA